AGAGCUUCCCCGCGAUUCUCUCUUAUAUCGGCCCCUUCCCACCGCUCACCAGAUGACACCGCUUCCGACGAGCAGACGAUAUGGUCGAGCAGCCGGUUGAGCCAUGGCCUAGUGGCUCGAGCAUUCUGCUGGCAGCAUGGUCGAUCUCGGUGGCUACGUUAUCAUUAUAUGCGAGACCAAGGACAAGAAAAUCAAAUUAUACGGGUCACCAGCUGACAAAGGGGACCUUGAGGUUGGAGAUGAAAUCCUUGAGGUCAAUGGUAAAUCCCUCGAGGAUCACACACACACUGAAGUCAUAUCUCACAUCCAUCAGUGUAUUCGAUCCAGGACAAUAUGCCUCCGCGUCAAGAGAAGGAGCGCAAAUCGACUGGCUUUCGACUUGGCACAAAAUUCUCACGUCCAAGAUGCGUUUGUCAUCGCGGUGGAGGCCCAGGCACGGGAACGCCUCGAACGCCUCUCCGCUCUCAAACGGAUCAAGCCAGUCGAUAUGACCAAACUAUCCCAGCAGCUGAACCAGCAAAAUCCUUCGACAGAGCCGGAGCUCAACGGGUUCAUCGAAAACAGCCCGAUUUACGUGACGUCUUAUCCUCCUACGACUGGAGCUUCCGUCACACCGAGUCCAGGCUCGACCAAAGGGAAAAAAGGUCUCAGCAACGGGCACGCGGUCACCGAAGACCUGCCCGAAGAGAUAGAGCUGAAGCAAGAGCUAUCGACGGCCGAGGAGGACAACGAAGCGAAAAAGGAACAGUCCAACAACACCAACAACAAUCAACCACCUCAAACCCAACCGAUACCUCAACCGCAACCAAUCUCUCCACAGGUCCAAGUACAAGAGGAAUUAGUGGCCGUGAGGCGUGCCAGCUCGCCGUUCUCAAACGGAAGGACUGAAGUUUUAAUCGGCCAAGAUGUGCCAUCGACCGGCGAGAAGCUGAGAACGACUGCACUCAUAGAAAAUAAGAACUUGACUACACCUCCCGACUGCAUCACCAGGCCAAGACGGCGGAGCGGGAGCUCGCUGGUCGAGGCGGAUAAGGUGAGCGGGGAGCCAGCCGAGGAUGCAUACAGCAUGAUGGUGGUGAUGAGCAGCCUUGAAAACGGACCACAUAGGGAGAUGCCGGUGGAUGUACCGGAGUCCUUCAUAGCCAGGAGUAAAACACCUCCUCGCUAUCCUCCUCCAAGGCCAGCCAACAGGGGGGCUUUGAACGGUAGCGCGGGAAGCCCGGGGAAGCCAGUUCCUCCCCCGAGGGAGCCGCUGCCACGACCACCCCCGGCUGCCCAAAGAAAUAUCAACAACAACACGACGGCCGAGUUGAGCAAGGAACCAACAAAACAACAGCUUGACAGCAUCAAAAAAUACCAGGAACAAUUGAGAAAGCGGAAAGAAGAAGAGGAAAGGGUGGCGCAGCAAGAGCUGAUCAACAGAUCGCUCAGAGGGUCCAAAAAGUUACAAGCGCUCGAAUCGAGACCGGGUCUUGUAAACGAUGCUUUCGCAACUGAAGAACCGCCACAGGAAGACACUCUUCACAAAAUAGUCGGUUAUGGAGAGAUAGUUGCGAGCUUGCAAAGGCUCCAGUCGGCGCUAAAGAGAUCCGGCUUCACCAGUUUAGAGCGGUCGCUUUCUGCAGUUCAGUCACUACUUUCCGGGCCACAGUUCAGCAGGGCGCUUUCCACCCAUAACAGAGUCCAGGAAGCUCUAGCGGAGAACAGCUUUCCGCGGCCCGUCACUACCCAAUCACAAACACUAGUCAGAGAUUUCGUCGAAGGUUUGCAGUCGAGCAGCAGCGUCGAAGCUGUUGAACUGUGCGAAGUCCUCGGCAGAUACGAGUUCGAAGGGUUGCUGUACGCACACGACGCGGUCGCGAGGGAGGUCUGGAGCCCGACUACCACCCCAACGAAGUCCAUGCCCCCCACGGCGCCCUUUGACCCUCCGAGGAGCAAGGCUCCGACCCCCGUCCAGGAAGAUGACUCCAACAUCAAGAUCAUCAAGAUAGAAAAGACUAACGAACCUCUUGGUGCUACUGUUAGAAAUGAAGGUGAGUCUGUAAUGAUUGGCAGAGUGGUACGAGGUGGUGCGGCAGACAAAUCCGGCCUCUUACACGAAGGCGAUGAAGUCUUAGAAGUCAAUGGGGUCGAGAUGAGGGGUAAAUCCGUGAAUGAAGUCUGUGACCUUUUGUCAGCGAUGACAGGCACCCUGACAUUCCUUAUCGUUCCUGCAGCACCAGUAUACACACAUACACAACAUAGGACAGACACUCUGGAGCGGUCGUCUUGUUUGAGUUUCGCAUAUUGCAAGAUGCAUAUGAAGGCAAAUUUCGACUAUGACCCCGAAGAUGACCUAUACAUCCCAUGCAGGGAACUCGGUAUUAGUUUCCAAAAGGGUGAUGUCCUCCAUGUGAUAUGUCAGGACGAUCCAAACUGGUGGCAAGCGUACAGGGAGGGGGAGGAAGACCAGACUUUGGCCGGUUUGAUUCCUAGUAAAUCAUUCCAACAGCAGCGAGAAGCGAUGAAGCAAUCAACAAUAACUGGAGACAAAUUAAACAGAGAAAAAUCAAAGAAAGCUGGAACAUUUCUAUGCGCAAAAAAGAACACAAAGAAGAAAAAGAAAAAGUCAUAUAGUGAUGCCGGUUAUCCUAUUUAUGCAACAAAUUUGGUUGAUGAUUUUGAUCAGGAUGAAAUUAUGACUUAUGAUGAGGUAGCGCUAUAUUAUCCAAGGGCUAAUCACAAGCGUCCAAUUGUUCUCAUCGGUCCACCAAAUAUAGGAAGGCAUGAGUUGAGACAAAGGCUGAUGGAGGAUUCUGAUAGGUUUGCUGCAGCAAUUCCUCAUACAAGUAGAUCAAAAAAAGAUGGUGAAGUGGACGGUCAGGACUACCACUUCAUCACAAGGGCACAGUUUGAGGCUGACAUACUGGCGAGGAAGUUUGUCGAACAUGGUGAAUACGAACGAGCAUACUACGGAACAUCGUUAGAUGCGAUACGGUCUGUUGUCUCAGCAGGGAGGAUCUGUGUCCUCAACCUUCAUCCCCAGUCACUGAAAAUUCUUAGGUCGUCCGAUCUUAAACCUUACGUAGUUUUUGUAGCACCUCCCUCUUUGGAAAAGCUCAGGCAGAAGAAAAUCAGAAGUGGUGAAUCAUACAAAGAAGAGGAGUUGAAAGAUAUUAUAGAAAAAGCAAGAGAAAUGGAAGAUAAAUAUGGGCAUUAUUUUGAUAUGAUUAUUAACAACAAUGAUACAGAGAGAGCUUAUCUUCAACUUUUAAAUGAGAUCAACAUCCUUGAACGAGAACCACAGUGGGUUCCCGCAUCAUGGGUCAAGGCUGUAUGAGGAAUAUUGAUAAUGAGGCAUUCGGAAUCACCAGGGAGCUUGUCUAGCUAACGUGACGAUGGGGCUGAGGGAAUGCCCAGAACCCACACGAAAUCGUGUAUAUACACUUUGCUGAUUCCUCUAAUCACACCCAGUAUUGCUCCCUCGAGAUGUUCUGAUCAACUUGUAUAUCAUUUUUAUUUUGUUCAGAUUAUUUUUUACAGACUGACAAAAGAGAUGAGGUUUAAAUAUUUAUUUCUGCCACGACAGAAACAAGACAAUCGAGAGAAUGUCUGUCCUGGAUGCAACAAACAAACACACCUUUUAUCCUUCCCUUGUUGUAUACAUUUGUUUAGUAAUGUCUAUACCUAUAUAAAUAUAUAAAUAACGUAUAAAUAAUAAAAGUAUAUAUUUAAAUAUACAUGUCUUUCUAUGUUUUACAUACAAGCCUAAACACUACAAAAAAGUGUAAACACCCAACACUAAAGUGUGUUUAUAUACUUUACAAAAUAUAUGUAUAUUCUGAAGUAGUGGAGUGGUAUUUUAGAAGACAAAUGCCUCUUAGUGCCAAUGUUAAUAAAGUUAUUUUGUGCUCUGCAGUUUUCAAACAAUAAUAAAAAUUCAGCAGAAAUUCUGAGACCACUGUUAAACUUGUUAACGUUUUAAUUUUCAUGAUGAUGGCGCCCUCCCCCUCAUGAAAGAAAUUUAUACUACCUUAUUACUUUUGCUCAAUCGUCAUUAUUCUAAUUUAUGUAUAAAAUAUUGUAAUAAAUUGUUUUGUAUAAUUAUUAAAAAAUAUAAAAGGGAAAAAAUUGGAAUAACGAUAAGAAUAAAAUGAGUGCUGUGUUAUGUGUAAAGUAUGUUGUAAAAAAAAGUGUCAUUACAAAAACAAAAAAUUGUAUAAAGAAAAGUGCUUAAUUGUACAGGUUAGCUUGACAAUCAACAUAUAAUUUGUUGAAAGCAACAAUGACAUUUAUCAUGUAAACUUUUAAAUUGUUUAGUAGAAAUUGUAACAAUGUAGCACAAAUGAAGAUGGUUAAAAAAUUAAAAGGAAAAAAUGUACAUUUCAAUUUUGUUAAAGAUAUUAUUCCAACCAUCCAAUAAAAUUUUGCAAAUUCUAACCUGUACAAAAAAUUUCGAUUACUAAAUAAUACAAGAUAAAUUAAGAUCGACUUAAUACUGAUAAUGAGUAUUCUGAAAUUAUAUAAAAAAUAUAUUUUUAUUUGUAGAUAAAAAGAGUGCAAUUCUAAGGUGUACAAAUAGAAAGAAGUUAUAAAAUGUUUAAAACCUGGGUAUAUGAGAGGAGUAAAGUUUGAUUUUACAUUUUGCCCACCUACCAUGAUCACUCUUUGUAAAUAAUUCCUUUUGAGUAGUUCAAGGUUCUGGAAUAAAAAUAAUUUAAUUUUUCCUUUUGAGUAGAAAAAACCGCUUUCUGAUUAUAAAAUAAUAAAAAUAUUCAUAUUAAAUUUAAUUGUCAUAGUGCUAACACACAAUAGAGGGUGUCUUUUUAUAAUAGCCGAUACUAAAACAAAAACAGGAUUGUACUCAUUAUUCCACCACGUAGUUUCAAACUUUUUAAACUUAUCAAACUUAGCUUUUAUCGAUCGGUGAAAAAGCAAUUUUUGAAGUCCAAUGAAAAGAAUUCUUUUAUAAGCUUCCAUUUUAUAGCAGGAAAAUGUGCCAAACUAUCGAACGAGAUCAAAUGUCAGUGAGAGAGUUAGAAAAUGAUGAAAAGUUUAUUCAAAUUUACAGUAUUCCUCCCAUAGAAU